AUGGAGACCCCAGACACUGGAAAGCACUGGCUGGUGCAAAAGUACGGAGGAACCAGCUUGGGCAAGCUUCUUGAUUCUAUCACCAAUCAUAUCAUCCCCUCUUACUACCACGACUAUAACCUUGCUAUUGUCUGCUCCGCUAUCUCUGGCUCUUCCAAAGCAAGCGGUACCACGAGUCUGUUGAUCCAGUGCAUCUCACAUGCUGAGGCUGGGCCUGCUGCUUGCGGUCAGUUGCACGAAUGCGUCGAUGUCAUUCUCCAAAAUCACACCGAUAUUCUUCAAACCCUUUCCAAAAGCCCAGACUGUGUUGAUUCAGCCGCUGGUACCUACCAAUCCGCCCUGGCCACUGUCCAAGAGCUGUGCGAGGACCUACGCACGUUUCUCCUCGCAGCACAGACGGUUAGGGACUUGUCACCCCAGACACGAGACCGCAUCAUUGCCCUGGGAGAGAAGCUGGCAUGCAUCGUUCUGGCUGCUGCACUCACCGGAAGAGGCAUACCUGCCGAGGCUGUGAUGCUGGAUAACGUCGUGGAGGCUGUGUUCGGGAGAAGCCUGUUGGAUCAAAAGUCAGCCCUCAACGACCUCGGUGGUGACUUUUACCGCGCCCUUUCCGGCGAGAUUGCAAAAAGAAUCCACGCAUGCGGCACCAAGAUACCCGUUUUAAGCGGCUUCUUCGGCAUCAUGCCUGAGUCUCUUCUCAAAGCAGUGGGCAGAGGCUACUCGGAUCUUUGCGCCGCCAUGUGCGCUGUCGGCGUAAACGCGGUCGAGCUACAGAUUUGGAAAGAGGUGGAUGGAAUCUUCACAGCAGAUCCUCGCAAGGUAUCUUCUGCGAGACUGCUCUCGACUGUCACCCCGGACGAGGCCACCGAAUUGACGUACUACGGCAGUGAGGUCAUCCACCCGCUCACGAUGGACCAGAUACGGCAUGCCAGCAUCCCCCUGAGACUCAAGAACGUGUUCAAUCCCUCAGGCUCGGGAACUGUCAUCUAUCCUUCGCAAGCACUCUCGCCGAUUCUUGCACCAGUGACCCCCCCUCCAUCGGACAGCGAAGCCGGCAGCAGUGUCUCUUGUCCCACCGCGAGCUUCAUGCUCCAGAAUGGAUAUCAUGGAGCACAGCAAGUACGCCGCCGACCCACUGCUGUCACUGUCAAGGAUUCAAUAAUUCUGGUCAACAUUGCUUGCAAUAGGAACACCAAGUCCUAUGGGUUGUUGUCUGGAGUAUUUGGGCGACUUGAGGAGUUGGGGGUCAAUGUCGACCUUGUCUCGACGAGUGAGAGGAAUGUGAGCGUGGCGUUUCAGGCGACUGAUGAGAAUGAAAGCAUCUCUCAUCGACUAAGAACAGAGUUGGAGAAAUGUGGCAAUGUCGUCGUCACAAAAGGUAUGGCCAUUGUUUCUGUCAUCGGGCACAAGAUGAGAAAUAAAGUCGGCGUUGCCAGCGAGAUCUUGUCAACGCUGGCUGCCGCAAAGAUCAACAUCUAUCUGGUCAGCCAGGGCGCAAGCGAGAUCAACGUGUCAUUGGUGGUACGGUCUGAUGAUGCCAAUCUUGCACUAAACACCAUACAUGAUCAAGUGUUAAAGAUCCCGUCACAUCAAGAGCAAGAGCAUGACUUUAUCAAAGGCCCUUGGCUUUACUGA